AUGGAUUCCACCCAGACGGGCAGGAAGCGCAAAAGCAGCUGCGUCUCAAAUCCACCAGACGACCGCCCCGUUUCCCAUCGCACAAGACACAGCGUGGCCUUGUCUUCUGACCAAGCCCUUGCGGUCAGCACACCUCAAAAGCGAAGAAAGAAGGUCCGCUUUUCCGACCCUGGCCCUCGACUACACGAUACCGAGUUCGGAUCAACCAGCUUGACCCCGGCAAUGCGCCGUGCCUCAUUUGCAGAUGUUGUUUCGGCGCGUAGAGGAGGAGACUGCACGCCUAGUCGACGCGGACGACGCACUUCGUCGGCUCCGACACCGCGCUUCCAGCGGUCGUAUGACCCCAUCGCACCGUUUGACGAAUCGUCCUCCGAACGACGCAUGCAGUUUACGCCGCUUCGCCAGAUCCUGGAUAUGCGGACGCAACGCCGCAUUCGCCGUAUCGGGCUCAGUGAUGAGAUUACUCAUAUCGAGCGUGAGAAGCGGGAGACGGCUAGUUUUGAGAAGACCCUACGGACCUUGAUACAGGAGCGCGAUGCUCUUAGGCUGGAAAUGGAUGCUCUGAAGCAGAGUCGUCCUGAUGGCCACUUUUCUUCGUCAGAGUCUACGAUGCUCCUAGAAUCGGAAAUCGAGACCGGCCUUGAUCCCUCUGUCAACGGUGAUGGAGAUAGCUUUAUUAUCAAUGACAGUGCCAUCGUGUCCAACUCACCUGACUUCCGUGGCAUUCGCAAUGGUCUUCCGCCCGCGACGGAUAGUCUCAUGCUAUUUGAGACCCAGCCCUCGAAUGUGGAUGCCUCCACCCAAGCGUCACAGAGCGUGUACCAUACUGAAACAUCCGACCUGCAUGCCCUAACUCUGGACUUGGAGGCAGCUCGGAACGAAAAGAAAGAACUCUUCAACGCAUGCCGCUCGCGUGUUUCCGGGCUAGACGAUCCAACCAUCGAUGAAAUGUUCCGGCAAUCCUCUCCUCCACCAGACUUUUUUUACCAAAUCCUCAACGUCUUGACGGAGGCCCUUUCACGCGCCUCCGAUGCUGCGCAGGCGCUAGAAGGAAUCAGCCAAGAAAUCUCCGACCUGGGAUUCACCGGCACCGAUGAUGACGACGGGAUCUCCGACAUGCGAAACCAUUUCCGUUUCGCGCGUCUUGAACUCGAACGUGCGAUUCCCGGAGAGACAGCCGGCGUGGGCCUGGAAGAUGGCAAGGGAACUCUGGACGCUCUCGUGCGGCGCGUGGAGUCCCUUGCAAAGGAACUAGGAAUCGAACGGGAUCACCACAGCGGGUCUCUGGGCCGCGAAAAAGCGCUACGGGGACAAUUCAACGCUCUCCUUACACGAUACGAAACUGCCGCAAUCAAAGUAAACAACCUCGAGGAAUCGAUUGCCUCAUCUGCCGGCGAUAUGCUGCACACCAGAAUGCGGAUGCAGGACCUCGAGCGCCAAGGCUAUGAGCAGGCCGUUGGGAUUGACAGAUUAAAUGCAGCACUCGACAAGUACCGUGAUGACGUGAAGAGCCUGGAAGCGCUUGUUAGCAGUCUGGAGCAAGAGAACAUGACCGCUAGGGAAGACUACGCUCAACAAAUAUCCGACCUUGAAAGCCGGGUGGCUGAUGAGCAGAAGCUACGCUCUGCCGUUGAGAUCUCUGCUUCGAAAUCUGAAAGCCGCAUCCGAGAACUGGAAGAGACCGUCGAGCAGAAUCGAAUCCGUGCUUGUGACCUGACUGCACAGAUGGAGUCGCUUGAGAAAGAGCACCAGAAAGCGCUUGAGGACCUCGAAGCCAAAGCCAGCGACCAGGUUGAGCGCCAGGAGGAAGAUAUUGGCACCCUCAAUGUCCGCAUCUCAGAUCUAUCUACAUCUCUAGAGGAUACGCGGUCCGAAGCUCAGCGCCUUCGCCAGGUCAACGCUGGUCUGGAGGAACAGCUACGCCUUGAGAUCAAGGCUCGGGACGACAUGCUACAUAAAUGGGCAACAGAUCAAGCGCGCUCAUUCGCAUUUAUGAAAGAAACCGUCAACUCCGAGCGUCGGCACUCCAAAGUCCGCGCCGCAAACUGGGAGCUGAGAUCAGAUGAUCUCAUGUCAGAUGGAACCACGGUGAACGGUAGUGAGCCCAUCACACCCGUGAGCAUGACCCGGUUUGUUGAUGUCGAAGCGGGCAGAGGCAAGAAUCGGAGGCGAGUUGAUAGUGGUAUUGGUAUUCUCACAGAAGAGGACCUCUUGGAGGAUGAGGACAUCUCUAACCUGCGACGAGGUCUGGAUUUUGAUGAUAUCGAUCUACCUACUUCUGAUUUGGUCUAG